GGAGGGAGGGAGAUGAAGCUGAUGUAGUCUCUUCUGCUGCUGGAGCUGGAGCUCACAGUCUGUCUGAGAGUCUCGAGCUCGUGUGAGUCUCUGGAUCUGUUGUUCCCGGAGCGCGGAGCGCAGAUCGCGUCGCGUCGCGGCAGGCGUUUGUCAGAGAUGCUCGUGUUUUAGACGCAUCCAGCAUCAGUUUCCGUCGCGCUGAAAGGAAUGAGAGCAGAGCAUCAAUGUUUCACUGGGGCAAGUGGAAGAAGAGGAUGGGAGCGAACAGUUCAUCCAAGAGACCAGUGUUCGACGACAAAGAGGAUGUGAACUUCGACCACUUCCAGAUUCUGCGGGCCAUCGGGAAAGGGAGCUUUGGGAAGGUGUGCAUCGUGCAGAAGAGGGACACGGAGAAGAUGUACGCCAUGAAGUACAUGAACAAGCAGCAGUGCAUCGAGCGGGACGAGGUCCGGAACGUCUUUAGAGAGCUUGAGAUCCUUCAGGAGAUUGAACAUGUGUUUUUAGUAAACCUCUGGUACUCGUUCCAGGACGAGGAGGACAUGUUCAUGGUGGUGGAUCUGCUGUUAGGAGGAGAUCUGCGCUAUCAUCUGCAGCAGAACGUGCAGUUCACCGAGGAUGCGGUCAAACUCUACCUGUGUGAGAUGACACUGGUGCUGGAUUACCUGCAGAGCCAGCACAUCAUACACAGGGACAUCAAACCAGACAACAUCCUCCUGGACGAGCAAGGUCAUGCGCAUUUAACAGACUUUAACAUCGCUACCAUAAUCAAGGACGGUGAACGAGCCACGGCGUUAGCGGGUACAAAGCCUUACAUGGCUCCAGAGAUCUUCCAGUCGUUCGUGAGCGGGGGAACAGGUUAUGCGUUCGAGGUGGACUGGUGGUCGCUGGGCGUGACCGUCUUUGAGGUUCUGCGAAGUUGGAGGCCGUACGACAUCCACGCCAGUAACUCAGUGGAGUGUCUUCUGCAGCUGUUCAGUACGGUCAGUGUUCAGUACAGCUCCUCCUGGAACAAAGACUUGGUCUCGCUGCUGAGGAAGUUAUUGACGGUAAACCCAGAGCAUCGCUUCUGUAGUCUGGCUCAGAUGCAGACGGCACCCUACCUCUCCGAUGUCAACUGGGACGACGUUUACGAGAAGAAGAUGGAGCCCGGCUUUGUUCCCAAUAAGGGUCGUCUGCACUGCGAUCCCACCUUUGAACUGGAGGAGAUGAUCCUGGAGUCUCGACCUCUUCAUAAGAAGAAGAAGCGACUGGCCAAAAACAGAUCGAGAGACAACAGCAAAGACUCUCAGUCUGAGAACGACUAUCUUCAGGAGUGCCUUGAAGUCGUCCAGCAAGAGUUCAUGAUUUUCAACCGUGAAAAAUUGAAGCGCCGUCAGGAGGAGGGCUGUAUGGGAGCAGACGGAGACGCUGAUCCAGACGGAGACGAGGCCGAGGCCGAGGGAGGAACGGAGGACGAGGAGACCGAGGCUGAACCAGAGGCCUCCAAACUGAGCAUGUGCGGCUCGGUCUGCUCGUCUCCAGGAAGCUGCUAGCGCCCCCUGCUGUCUCGGAGCUGCUCCUCGAGAUCCCAGCCCUGCUUCCUUCCUCUCCAUCGCUCCUAGAGAACAUCUGAACUUCUAUGCAACGUAACUCUUCAGCAUGAUGUAAAAUAGAGAUUUUAGAGGCAAUUCUACAAUGUAAGACUGUUUGCUUGAGUAAGACAACACCACAUCAGACACACCAGACGACGGAGGAGAUUUAGGAUUUAUGUUUACAUACGUGACCACAAAAUCAGUCAGAAGGGAAACUGAGAUUUCUGCAUCAUCUGAAGCUGAAUAAAUCAUCUCUCCAGUGAUGUGUGGUUUGUUCGGAGGACAAUAUUUGUCUGAGAUACAACUAUUAGAAAAUC